AAAGAUUCUGAUCACGAAAGCUCAAACCAAACUUGAGGAAGAAGAAGAAGAAGAAGAAGCGAAAAAAUGGUGGCCCGCACCGCCGCACUCUUCAUCCUACUCGUUUCGCUCCCUAUCAUCACGUCGUCGUCGUCGUCGUCGUCCUCCCUCUCGGUCUGCAUUGUCGGAAGCGGAAUCGGCGGCUCCUCGGUGGCCCACUUCCUCCGCGAGUACUCCGCCCCGUCCGCCUCCAUCUCCAUCCGCGUCUUCGAGCGGCACGGCGUCGUUGGGGGCCGCAUGGCGAGGGUCAACGUCGGUGGCGACAGCUUCGAGGCCGGCGGGUCGAUUCUCCACCCCAAGAACUACCACGCCUUGAAUUACACCAAAUUGAUCGGCUUGAAGAUCAGAUGGCCCAAUGCCACGCGGGAUAGCGACGGCCGUGACGAUGAUAGCGAUUUUGGGAUUUGGGAUGGGAAGGGCUUCGUCUUCAAGACGUGGAGGGUCAACUCCAAGCUUCCGUUCGUUGACAAGAUUGUGUCGUUCGCCAACACGGCGCUCUUGUUCUGGCGUUACGGGUUUUCUCUCAUUCGCAUGGACAACUUCGUUCAGAGGACUGUGAAUAACUUCUUGAAGUACUAUGAAAGCACCGACUCAAGACCCGUUUUUGAGACGGUGGAUGAGAUGCUCAAAUGGGCAGGGCUCUACAAACUCACCGGGCAUACUUUAGAGGAAGAAUUAAUCAGUAUUGGGUUGUCUCCCUUGCUGAUAAGGGAACUCAUCACUGUCAUCACAAGGGUUAAUUAUGGUCAGAGUGUAAGCAUCAGCGGACUUGCUGGCGCUGUUUCCUUGGCAGGAUCAGGGGGUGAUUUAUGGUCCGUCCAAGGAGGAAACUGGCAGAUGGCUGCUGGUUUACUCAAUCAUUCGAAUGUCGCUCUGCACCUUCGUGAGGAGAUAGAGUCUAUUUCUAAUCUUGGAAACUAUUAUGAGCUCAACUCCUCCCAAGGCAACAGUUAUGAGUGCGAGGUUGCAGUUGUCGCCACACCUUUGGAUGAGGUGGACAUACGCUUUGACCCUUCAGUUUCAAUUCCUCCAAGGAAGCUACAGCAUACACAUGCGACUUUCGUGAGGGGUCUUUUAAAUCCUGCAUACUUUGGGUUCGGCUCUGUGGAAGAAAUUCCAGAACUGGUUGGUACAAUCGAGGAUCCUGGAAUUCCAUUCUCGAGCAUUUCAGUUCUCAAGCGACACAACGCAAAGGAGGCGACUUAUAAGGUUUUCUCCCGCGAAGCCAUGUUAGACACGUUGCUGGAUCAGAUAUUCAGUGCGCGGAAGGAGACGAUCCGCAUCAACUGGGGGGCUUACCCCCAUUACAAGGCUCCCGAAGUGUUCGCUCCCUUCAUUUUGGAUGGACAGCAUUUGUACUAUGUCAAUGCCUUUGAGAAUGCCGCGAGCACGAUGGAGAUGAGCGCGGUUGCAGCCGAGAACGUCGCGCGCCUCAUCCUGUCAAGGCAUUUCGGCCACGUGCGCUUGAAGCUUUCGGGCUCGGAGGACUCCACGGACGACAUGGGUUUGCAUUUGGAACUUUAAGGAGGGGUCAGAUACAUAGCUGAUUUGUGUAAAUUCUGUACGAUGUAACUCAUACUUAAGUGCCAUGACUCAAGGAGCACUGGAAUGUGAAGUAUAUUUUGUUAU